AUUCAUCCUUAUCAAUUUUUAAAGAGGAAGCCAUAGGGGUGAGAGCAGAUUUAAGAUUUCCUAGAUCAAAACGCUUAAUCACUUCGACUGAUUGAUAAAAAUUCCUUGGGGAAUCUGUUUAAUCUGAAGACCUAGAAAGUAGUUCAGUUCCCCCAUUAAACUCAUCUCAAAAGCACUCUUCAUAUUUUAUAAACAGGGUUUUGUCUACGAGACCUCUUCUGAAUCCAUUUUCUCCAGGAAUGUGGCUUCAAUGAAGUUGAAGCCAUUCGACUGUACACAAGGGAUACAUGUGAAUACUAUCCUUCACGGCUUGCUACUGGACGACUUCCUGACGAUCUCAAAGUGCUCCAUUUCUUCAUCACUCGUGUUUUCCUCCCUCGCUCUCACGAUCUCUACAGGAUUUACCCCAUGGAUAUGUGGAUGCUUGCUAGUGCCAAAGAAAAUCGCCCCAUCAGCUAUCCCCAUCUCAUGUUUAGUCACAUGCUCCAUUAUUGUGAUGAUAACUUCAAUGAGGAGCUUCCUUUCGCUCCUCAAAUCACUCUGCUGAUGCGUGCCCUUGGUCUUGAUCUUCACUACAAAGUGGCUCGGGUCAAUCUUAUCGACACCCUUCGCGCUCAGUUUGUUCUCCGCAGGGUUCAUGCCUCUAUUGGCCGCCGUCGUCCUCGGGUCAAUGCUUCAUGGGGAGACAGGACUGGUCAUGUAGUUCCUGCAGAGUCCUUAGCAGCUGAACCUGAAGAUGGUCCUGCAGUUCCUGCAGAGAUCUUAGCAGAUGAACCUGAAGAUCCUGAAGAUGGUCUCAGCACUGCUGAUAUGGAGGAAGAGUUAGGUGGAGAUGAAGGGGAAAUCUCUGACUACUUGUCUUCCCCAACCUAUCCUUUCUAAUCUUGUUUGGUUAAUAGGGGAGUUCUGUGUAGGGGGAGCAUGUAGCUUACUAUGUCUUGAGUUUAGUUGAAUCAGGGUCCUUAUGUUUUGAAUAAAGCUCUAAGAAAGAGCAUUUGUUGCC